AUGAGUUUCCAAUUGAAAAAGCCAAGUGUAGUUUUAAAAAAUCUCAGUUCUAUUGUUGAGAAAAAAAAAGACCAAAAAGUUACUUCUACAAAAUCAUUGUUUUGUGAGUUAUCUUCUCAAAAAGAAGAAAAUAAAAAAGGGCAUAAGACUACAUUUAAAAGUGAUAUUGAUGAUUUAACAACAACAGAAUAUAUGAGUUAUGAACAACUUCAAAAUACAUUGUUUAAAGACUCAUCUCAAAACACAAUUGAAAAAAAAAGCUUAAAUAAACCGUCUAUAAAAACAUUGGAAUCUCAAGAUCCAAACAAAAAAGAAAAUAUAAUUAAUGAAACAAUUGGAUGUACUGUCAAAACUAAUAAAAAGAGUUCAUUUAACAAAGCGACUUCUAUAUCAGAAAAAAGUGAAAUUUUAUAUGAUACUCAAAACACUGAAAGGAAUAACAGUGAUUCAAAUGUAUCAAAAGAAAUUUUAUUUCACAAUGAAAAUAUUAAUGAACUUGAUGUUACAUCUAUUAGUACUAUUCCAAAACUAGAAGCUCAUAUAAAAAGUUUAGAAAAAAUAGAAUAUGAAAUGUUACAAAAAGUAUUCAACAUGUUUGUAAGUAUACCAGAGAAGUUGGCCAUUAACAUCCCUGGUCUUCGAGAUCCAUCAUCUUUACCUCACCUUAAAAAAGUUCGACAAAAAAUAAAAAAUAAAUUAAAAGUUGCUAAAGCACAAUUAAAAAAUCAACAAAAAAUUUCAGAAGUUAAAAAUUCUUCAGUUUUAGAUGAUAUUUUUGUUGCAUCUGAUAAGGAUGAAAAAUGUAUAAAUAUAAUGUCAGAAAACAUUUUUGAUGAUAUUCAACUAGUACAUGAUAAGAAUUCAUGUUUUUCAAUAAAUUUAAAUAAAAAUUCUCAAAUUAAUCCUGAAAAUAAAGUUAAAAACUUACCAUGCACCAUAACAUCAUUAAAAAAUAAUUCAGAAGAAAAUGAUUACAAAACUGGAGUAAGUUCAACUUUGAACUGUCAGAAAUCUACUACUAGUUCUCAGACAAUUAAUAAAACAAUACAUGAUUGUACAUAUCAAUCAAUUCAAAUAGAUUGUAUAAAUACCAGUUGUAACAAAAAUCAAUAUUCAAAUACAAACUCGCCCAUAAUGGAAUUCACCAAAACUGACUAUAAUUUUUCUUGGGAACUUUUAGCAGUGUUUAAAAAAACUUUUGGACUUCGGCAUUUCCGUCCUAACCAAUUUGAAGCUAUUAAUGCUGCUUUACUUGGACAUAAUUGUUUCAUUUUAAUGCCAACUGGUGGUGGAAAAUCAUUAUGCUAUCAAUUGCCUGCAGUUAUAUCAAAAGGUAUAACUGUUGUGAUAUCACCAUUAAAAUCAUUGAUUAUUGACCAGACUCAAAAAUUAAAAUCUUUAGAUAUACCAGCAGCUCACUUAUUAAGUGGUAUCACUCCUGAUGAAGAAAAUACAAUUUUUUCUGAACUUUGGGGAGCUGAUCCAGGAUUAAAAUUGCUAUAUGUCACACCUGAAAAAGUUGCAGUAAGUAAUAAAUUAACACAAGUUCUAAACAAUUUGCAUUGUAGGAAUUUACUAGCUCGAAUAGUUAUUGAUGAAGCUCAUUGUGUGUCACAGUGGGGUCAUGAUUUUAGACCAGACUACAAGCGAUUAGACGUAUUUAAACAAAAUUAUCAAAAUGUUCCAAUAAUGGUACUAACAGCUACAGCAACCCAACGUGUUCGUAAAGAUGUUCUGCAUCAGCUUAAUAUUGAAGAAAUAAAAUGGUUUGUAUCCAGUUUUAAUCGACCUAAUUUAAUUUAUGAGGUGAUUCCUAAAAAAGGUAAAGCUUCAUUAUUAGAAAUUGCUAAUCUAAUAAAAUCAAAAUUUGCACGCCAGUCUGGUAUAAUUUAUUGUAUGACCAAAAAAGAAUGUGAUAAUACUGCUCUUUUUUUGUCUGGAGAAGGAAUUAAAGCUGCAAGCUAUCACGCUGGAUUAACUGAUAAAAAAAGAAAUGACGUUCAAAUGCAAUGGACUUCUAAUAAAUCAAAUGUAGUUUGUGCUACUAUUGCUUUUGGCAUGGGUAUUGACAAACCAGAUGUACGUUAUGUUAUACAUUAUUCAUUACCACAAUCUAUUGAAGGUUAUUAUCAAGAAUCAGGUAGAGCUGGACGAGAUGGUGAUACAGCAUACUGUUUGUUGUACUAUAACUAUUCUGAUAUGCAUCGUAUCAAAAAACUUAUUGAAAUUGGAGGUGGGGCUACUUAUGAAACAAAAAAAGUACGCUUUCAUAAUCUUUGUAGAAUUGUAUCGUAUUGUGAAAAUAAAAUGGAUUGCCGUCGUGCUUUGCAACUUAACUACUUUGACGAACAUUAUGAUAAAGCUCAGUGCAUUGCUAAUGAGACGACUACUUGUGACAAUUGUCGAAUAAAGCAAUCCAUAAAGUUAAUUGAUGUUACGGAAGAAAGCAUUAACCUAAUAAAAGCCAUUCAAGAAAUCUGUGGUUCAAGCAAUAAUUUUACAUUUACCCACUUUGUAGAUAUUUUCAAAGGGAAAAAAACUCAAAAAGUGGUAUUGUAUGGUCAUGAACAUUCUAAUAUAUUUGGUAAGGGUUUACACUGGGAUAGACAUGAUAUAGAACGAUUAAUACACAAACUAAUACUUGAAAGUUAUUUGAGUGAAGAAAUGGUCGCAUUUAAAUCAGAUAUUAUGAACGCAUAUAUUAGGAUAGGCCCUAAAGCAGAAACACUCUUAACUGGGCUUGUUAAGUUAUCACUUGCAUUUAGUCCAAAAACAAAUUUGUUAGACAGUAAAAUUGUUAGUGUUAAAGAUAAUACUAUAAAUCCAAUUCUUGAAGAAAUAAAAGAAAAAUGCUACACAAAUUUAAUGGAAAUAUGCCGUGGCUUAGCUGAAUCUUUAGGUAUCAGUACAAAUGCGGUUAUGACUGUCCAAGCCAUUCGUUCAAUGUCACAAUUAAUGCCUGAAACUGAAGAUGAUAUGCUGAAAAUUGAUGGCGUAACAAAAUCAAAUUUUGAAAAAUUUGGUCAACCCCUUUUAGAAAUUACACAACAAGCAGCUGUUGAAAAGUCAGCAAUUAAAAAUAUUGAAGUGUAUCGAGAAAAUAAUGAAUAUUGCCAAGAAAUUAAUGUUGAUUCUCCAAAUUAUGAAGAGAUGGUCAAUAAAAUGAUGGAGACUACAUGUAACAGGGGAAGAAAACGAAAAACCACUUCUUCAAUCAAUAAAAAAACCAAGCGUUUUAAAAGGAGUAAAGGAAAAAAAAGGAAAAAUAAUAAUUCCAAAGGAACAUCAACUUCAACAAUGGCAAAAAUACGUAAUGCUGCAAUUAAACUGAGUGCUAAGUUACGUCCUACUAAGAAACCAGGAUUUUUACCAGUGCCAAAAAAGACUUCUACAUAAUUCAAAGUACAGUACUGCUGUUGUUGCGAGUUUGGCAGGAGUGUGUUCGGUGUAUGUAUAUGUGACAGAUAUGGAUGGAAAGGUGAACGGCUAUCAUAUGAAUCUCAUUGAAAUAUUAUUUAUUUAAAUGUAAUAAAGGUGUUUUCGACCAUAAA